AUGCUUAAUAUGUCUCAUUUUAAAGAUGACUCCAGCCCAAAUGCAUGGGAUUACUCAGCUUGGGUCCGUUCUUAUGCUUUGUUCUUAGAGGAGAGAUUAGAGUGUUUCCGUGUUUUGAAGUACGAUGUUGAGAUUGACCCCCCAAGAACCAAAGAUUUGGACACUCCUGAUUUGCUUGAACAUCUUCCAGCUCUACAAGAACUUCUUUUCCGUGUUAUUGAUUGUCAGCCUGGAGGGGCAGCUGUUCAAAACCAUAUUAUCCAAUUGGCACUCACAAUGGUUAUAACUGAGAGCACUAAAAUCUACCAAGCACUGACUGAUGGCAUAGACAAUUUGGUUGAUAAGUUCUUUGAGAUGCAACGGAACGAUGCUCUUAAGGCAUUGGAUUUGUACAGAAGGGCAGUAAAACAGGCAGAGAGGCUGUCUGAAUUUUUCGAAGUUUGCAAAAGUUUUUCUGUUGGACGUGGAGAUAGGUUCAUAAAGAUUGAGCAGCCUCCCACUUCUUUUCUACAAGCAAUGGAAGAGUAUGUGAAAGAAGCACCAUUAGCAGCAGGGGUCAAGAAGGCGCAGGCAGUGGAGAGACUUGCUGCUCCCAAAGAGAUUUUGGCCAUAGAGUAUGAAAUGCCCCCAAAGGUUGUUGAAGAGAAACCGGAAUCACCUGAACCAGUUAAAGCAGAAGCAGAGAAGCCUGUAGAGAAACAACAUGAUUUGCUGUCUAUGGAUGAUCCAGCUCCAGUGGUAUCUGAUCUUGAUGAGAAAAAUGCGUUGGCCUUGGCUAUUGUCCCUGUUACCGUUGAGCCGCAAGCUUCGACAACUGAUUUUACAAACGGGAACUCAACUGGCUGGGAAUUGGCACUUGUGACUGCCCCAAGCUCAAAUGAAGGUGCCGCUGCUAAUAGCAAAUUGGCGGGUGGACUAGACAAGCUCACACUUGACAGCCUAUACGAAGAUGCAAUCAGAGUGAGUCAGCAGCAAAACAGGAGCCACAACCCAUGGGAACAACAAUAUCCAGUUCACAACGGUCCCAUGAUGCACCAACCUUUCUUUGCAUCUAAUAAUGGAGUCCCAGCUCAUCAAAAUCAUCAAACAUAUGGGUAUCAGCAGCAUCAGAACGCAGGAAUGAUGAUGGGACCUGUACAACCUUACCAGCAGCAGCAACAACAAGGACAGAACAUGAAUCCCUUUGGGAACCCAUUUGUGUCAAAUGGUCAUCCUCACCAACCAUAUGGCUCGGCUCAAGGUUACAAUCCAUACUCUAGCCUUAUGUGA